CUCUUGUCUCACCUCAAGUCGCUAUCGGUGUUGUUGUUGAAGCUAUGAUGGCGGCAGCGGGUUGCGGAUCGGCAACCGCGGCUGCCAUAGGAGCCCAGGGUGGUACUGCUGCACCCCGAGGUCGUUUCCCUGGUCGGCCUUGGUCGUCUCGCAGCCGCUUGCGUUCUGAGAAGCGAUGGCAGCUAGGCCGAUCAGGGACAGAAGCUGACGAUGCUACUAAUGGAGGCCCAAGGCCCUCAAGCCUGGCUCUAUCAUUAAACGAGGACCAGUCUCACUUGCGCUUGCUUGGGAUAGAGGCAAAUCACAAGAGCCUAGGGGAGGCUGGGUACAGCUCAAGUGGGAGCGAAGAGGUGAGAGCCCAAAUCGCUGCUGGAGGAGAUGAUUUCAGAGGAUUUGAAUCUGAUAGUAAAGGCUAUAAAGGUCCUUUACGGUCCAGACAUAAUCCCUCCAAAAGUGAUGCUGUAAAAACCAAAUCAAAAAGGAUACGAGACAAGCCGCCUCUUAUAGUCUCCCCAGAGGACCCUGAGGAGACUUCAACUUCUAAAGAAGAUUCACGGUCUUCACAGGAAUUACACAGUACAAUUUCUCCAGAUUCAGGGAUAUCUAAGGAAGCCAGGAAGGGUUCAAAAAACAAGCAAUCAAACCCAGCAAAAGAGAGACGUCCUGCAAAAAACGGGUCUCCAUCAACUCCAAGGAUUACCAUCAAGUUGGUGGCCAAGAAGACUGUCAGAAAAGAAAAGGGGGAACGUCAAAAAUCUUUGGAGAAACUCAAAAUAAAAGGAUUUCAGAUUCUGUCAAAAGACAAAAAGGUUGAUGGUGAUCAGCUCUCUAGUGCCCAUGUCAAAUUAAAGGCAGAGACACAAGCUGAUGAGGCGCAGCAUUUGAAUGGCACUGAGGAUGAGGGAGGCGGAGGAGCCAUACCAGCAAGGAGGCGUGGUAGAUCUGCCUCCAAGAUCACUGAACCUAGUGUUCAAAGUGGGGCCAAAGUUGAUGUUGAUGACCAAAAAUCUGUGUGUGGUAGAAAGUCAACACGGAACCAGGAAAUUGCCCUCGAAAGUGGAAACACAGAGCCAAAAACGGAUGUUAAGAAAUUCAAACGGAAAGAUAGGAAAACGGAAAUUCAAACGACUGAGGAAAGCACGGAAGUCAAUAAACUGGUUAUCCGAAGAAGUAGAACUAAGUCACGGUCCAAAACAGAUGGAACACUUGUGACAGAAUCAGAAAACCAGAGUAAUGACAAAGUAUGCCUUGCUGAGUCAUUGUUGGAGGUAUCAAGAAUAGAAGAGGCCCAAUCAACAUCCAGAAAGAGUAGGCAUAAACAAAGCAAAAAGGUCCACCAAGAAAAGAUGGUCAAUGAAAUACAUAUUCCAUUACCCACUGAACCUGAGAAACCAGUUGUUGAAUUCAGUGACGGUCUGGCUUUUGAAAAUGACGAUGACAUCAUCGGGAUUCCAAGUUUUAAGCUGAUUAAAGUCAGGAACCCCAAAUUGGAAGGUUCCUCUUGGCCAGACAGUAAAGGCUCCUCUCGUAAGAAAAAACGUAGCAAGUUUGUGUGGACUCUUACAUUGGUUAAGGGGAAAAGUGAUGAUACUCUAGUAAAGGGCUCUGUAAAUACUGUCAAACCAACAGAGCGGCAGGAAAACACCACUGAAGUGGAUAAAGCCUCUCUUUCUGAAUCCAGUGAGAUCAAGAGUGUAGAUAACACUGAAGAGAAAGUGGUCACUGGGGAUACCACUGCCGGGGAUGCUGAGCUCAAACAUCUUGACGAACUGUCUUCUAUCAAGAAGGCUGCAGAGAUUUUGCCUGUUGAGGAAAAGUCCAUACAUCAUGUUGAAGAGGUAACACCACAGCAUCCUGAGGCAACUACCCAUAUUGACAAUGGGGAUACUGUGGCAAAGGUUGUUCCACCCCUUCAGAUUAAAAAAGUAUCCUCACCGGGUAAACCUAAACGCUCAAAACCGUCAUUCUUAAUCAGACAAGCAAGUCUGUCACCUAAAGUAAAGGAGGUAGAGGUAAUCAUGAAUGAUUCGGGUGAAGGUUUGGAGGGAACAAAAUUAUCAGAUGCAAAAGCUGUUCCAAUUCCCAAAGCAAGGAGAAGACCUGCAAAGAUUUCAACCCCACGGAAGAAGCGUGGAAGCCAUAAACCCUGGACAAGCCACAAACGCAAGCUUAAAUUAAGUCCAAAUCCAAAAGAUCUAUCAGAGGAAGCCCCCGGUGAAGCAGAACCACAUCUUGAAGAGGUUUUGAAAACUGAGGUUUUGAAGGGUGAGGUUUCCACAUUGUCCGUUGUCUCGAAACCUAGAAGAACUUCAAACCUUUCAAGUAAAAAGAGGUCAGGGAAAACACUGGUUUUAUCUGAACCUGCAGAAACUCCAAACAUAGAGAUGGCUCCAUCUGAACCGCAGACACUGGUUUCCACAUUGUCUGUUGUUUCUAAAUCUAGAAGGAGAAGAAAUUCCAGCCUUUCAAUUAGAAAGAAGUCAAGAAAGACCCCAACAUUUUCUGAACCUGCUGAAAUUCCUAACACAGAAUUAGCCCCUUUGGAGCCUGUGGCUGACACUCAAUUAGAGGUUAAAGUGGAGCCAGAAACCCAGCCAAUAGACAGUGGAGAAACGCCGGUGUUGGAGCUCCCAGUAAAUACGCAGCCAGAAGCUUGCCCUCUUAGAAGUUUGGUUAAAAAUGUUAAAAAGAAGCGAAGGACCUUGAUUGGACAGAGGCAGAAACAAAGACAGAGGCACAGAGAAAGAAAGAGUGAUGAGAGUAAAUCUCCUGAAGGUACAUUAACUGAAGUGGUAGAAAAGGUAGACCUUAAGGAAGUCCCCUUCACAGAGGCUGGUUCCAAGCCUGCAAGCUCUAAACUCAUUGGCAUCCUCAAGACGAAGUACCGAAGGAAAAAAGUCCCCAAUUCAAGCCUUCACUUCCUUGGGUCCAAAAGACCUAGACCCAGGCCUAAAACUCUGUCUAAACAGGUAGAAAUAGAUGUCACCAAACCAGUUUUGGAGGAGCAAGAAGAAAAGGGACCUAUGGAUGAAGAAAUACAUUCUGAUGCCUUUGAAGACCAGCCUGGUAAAUCAAAGUACCUGAAAAACAUAAAGCACUUCAUCAUGCCUGUUGUCAGUGCCCGUUCCUCACGGGUAAUUAAGACUCCACAGAGGUUUAUGGAUGAUGCUGGCAUGUCUGUUUUGCCUCGUAGAAACUCUUUGAAGAAAGGCCAGCUAUUUGGUUUGAACCCACGCACUGGAAAGAAACGAGAAGAUGGCACAGGUAGAGAGCUCACUCCUGAUCUGCCUAUCAAUGAUGACGAUUUUCUAAGUGAGGCACAAUUAGAUGUCGAUUUGUUCUCAACUCAGGAACUCGAACAGGAAACCACUGUGGUGACAGACACCCUAUCCUCAGAAAAGCAAUCUGGGAAGAGGAAGUCCCUUCUGAGAAAUCCCAGUUUCAAGUGGCAUGUGCCAGGAGAGUCUGGUGAGGAGGUAUAUACACUGGACAAAACCCUACAGAGCGAGUAUGAGACUUUACUUUUAUCCAAAGAAUUCCAAAUGGCUUCUGAUCCAUCAACUGAUCCCCGCAAGGUUCAGAAAAAGAAGAAGCCCUACAAGUUCAACAAGCAAACAUCUCACCUCAAAAUGUACAAGAGACUGAAGAAGCUCCAACCAGGACUUCCCAGAAAGAAAAGGAAAAAUCUAAUGUUGGAUGGUGUUUGUAAUAGUCUUCAAUCAUCUGUUGAUGUGCUAGCGGAAGGUCUGGAUGAUGAAGUGAAGAGCAUUUGUUUGAAGAAACGUCCCAUAAUUACAGCUCCAAGCAAACUCAAAUCCAAGCAAGGCAAAUCGAAGCUUAAGAUUGAGGACCUUGAUAGCCCAGGGGUUGUACGAAAAGUCUCUGUGUGUGUUCGUACAAUGAACUCAAAGUUCUUAACGUUACAAUAUGGCGAACAAGAGGCGCUGACAGAGGAAGACAAAAUAAAUGCAGCAUCACUUCUUGCAGAAGCAGAAAAGCUUGAGCCACAGGAACUGGACCUGGACACAAUUGCUGAGGCUGACCGUGUUGUUGCUGAGGAGAAAGGAGCCUCCCAGAGAGUUCGUCUAACAGGGGCCAAUAAGAGAAUGUUCAAUCUUCUCAGGAAAGCCAAGGUCCAGCUCAUCAAGAUUGACCAGCAGAAACAACUCAAGUCCUCAGGGCUUCUCUCAGGGGGUGCUGGCUCCAGAGAGGCAGCAGGAAAAAGACGAAGGAGGAAACCGAAAGAGCAGCUUGAGCCUGCUGCCUUAAACGUGAUCAACCCUCCCCAUUCUCAGGAGUUCCGCAGAGCCGGGGGUCCACGGAUCAAACAUGUGUGCCGAGCAGCAGCUGUGGUACUAGGCCAGCCUCGUGCCUUGGUGCCUGAAGACAUGAUCCCUAGACUCAGUGCUCUACCACUCCAUGAAAGAACUGGUAUUUCCCCCUCUGGCACGAAUCAAGGUGGUCGUUUCCCUUCCGGGCCAGACAGCCCAGGACUACCGGACCAGAAGGUCACCAAGGUCAGAAAGUCGGGAGCUGGUUUUGCCAAACAAAAGAGCCUUGGGCCAUUUGGCCUCCGCUCUCGUAGGUGUGGGAUCUGCAAGGGCUGCAAUCACGAGGUAGACUGUGGCGAGUGUAUGAACUGCCUGGACAAACCUAAGUUUGGAGGGCCCAAUACGAAGCGACAGUGCUGCAUAUUUAAAAGAUGCGAUCAGAUUGAAGAGAGAAAGGCCCGUCGUCUGAGUGGCAAGUUCUCCAAAGGUCCCGGGAAGCGCAGGCGGCACUCUGUUAGCGGGGGCCAGUCUAGCAACGAGGACGUUGACGGGAUGGAGGCGGGGGACAGCCAGAGCCCGUCUGUGAGGAAGCAGCCACGGCGCCUCGUGAAACCACGCUCCUACUUUGAUCUGUUGGACUACGACUCUGACCUGGAGAUCACCGUGGGCUCCAACUUCUCCUCACCCGGCAGGAGGCGAGGCCCUGGUCCACGCAGCCAAGACUUCGUGUCGUUGGAUGGAUUCCUGGGAGACCUAUCUGACGACGGCACCAGACAGCGCAGGCUGCAUCACCGAGUCCCUCCUGCUCGCCGUAAAACUGACAAGGUUGUCAUGGCAGACAAGGCUGGUGUUUUGCAUUGGCCUCAGCAGUCCCACCCUUCACAGGCCCAGCGGAGGCCGACAGGCCUGUGGGGUGGUGGUGUUGACAGCUGGCUGGACGACGACGACCAGGGAGAGGGAGAGUCCCAGGGGCUUUUGGCAGAGCAGCUUCUGCUGCUGCAGAUGAUGCAGUUCCCCUCGCAGCCCCAGUCUGACCAGGAGCUAUCCUCCUCCUACCCUGAGGACCAGGGUUCCCCCCACCCUUGGGGCCAGCUAACCUGCACUGGGGCCCUCAUGGGGUGGCUGAGGAAUCCUCUGGAGCAGACGCCACCCAGCGUCCUGGCCGCACUGGCCAACGGAUUUGACCAAAGAGAGAGGGAGCCCUCCGAGCCUACUCACAAGAUCAGGGUGGACUUUAAGGAGGACUGUAACAUCCAGAAUGUCUGGUCGAUGGGAGGCCUGAGUAUCCUGACCUCCGUACCCCUCAUGCCCCCCUGUGUUUGCUUGCUCUGUGCCAGUAAAGGACAACAUGAGCAAAUGCUGUACUGCCAAGUGUGCUGUGAGCCCUUCCACCGGUUCUGUCUUGAUCCAACGGAGCGGCCCUCUGAGGAGCACAAGGAAAACUGGUGCUGUCGCCGUUGCAAGUGCUGCCACGUGUGUGGCAGGAAAAACAAGCACUCCAAGCCUUUGCUGGAGUGUGACCGAUGUCAGAACUGUUAUCACCCAUCGUGUCUGGGGCCUAACUACCCCAAGCCCAACAAGAGGAAGAAGGCCUGGGUGUGUAUGACGUGCAUCAGGUGUAAGAGCUGUGGUGUGACCCCAGGGAAAAGCUGGGACACCGAGUGGAACCACGAGAAAGGACUCUGUCCAGACUGCACUAAGCUCCAUGAUCAAGGCAACUACUGUCCAAUCUGCUUCAAGUGCUAUGAGGACAAUGACUACGACAGCCAGAUGAUGCAGUGUGCCACCUGUAACCACUGGGUCCACGCCAAGUGUGAGGAUCUAACAGAUGACCUGUAUGAGAUCCUGUCCAGCCUCCCGGAGAGUGUUGUGUAUUCCUGCCGGCCCUGCAGCCAGUCACAGCCCAGUUCCUGGAGGGAGCUGCUUCACAUGGAGCUGCGGGCUGGGGUGGAGAAGGUGCUGGCCUGCCUGCUCACCUCCACACUCACCCAGCACCUCGUUGCCUGCCCUCAGUGUGUGACCCAAGUGGACCCUGACAGUGGAGUGGAGGGCCGGCCAGCCUGUGACCUACGUGCUGUGGGCAAAAAGUUUGACAAAGGCCUCUACACCACCUUGAAAUCGUUCCAUGAAGAUGUGGUACAAGUGGUGCGGAGGCGUCUGGAGCAGGAGGAGUCCGGAGCUGAGCAUGAGAGGCCUACCGCCCUGGCCCGCUCCUACUACUUAAAGCUUCUGGAGGAAGUUUUCAAUUGGUUCAACAGCCAGGAUCCCAAAGUUUGGGAUCCCCGGUACAAAGACCUGCCCAUUGGGAUGCUUUCCCAUGCGAUUCAGCCUCCUAACACUGAACAUGUGUAUGCCCAAUGGCGUGAGCGGGAAGAAGUGCGUUCCAGGGCCCCCUUAGGGACCCUGCAGACAGGCAAUGUGCCUCGCCUGGAGGUGAAGCAGGAAGAGGUGCCUCAUCCCACCACCCCACUGACCACCGAGCUGAGCCGGGGCCUUCAUUUCAGGAAAAACAGGGCGCUCAGGCUUAAUAAACUCAAAGGGAGAAAGGGCAGGGCAGGAAGGCCAUCCAAGUCUGAAGGGUGGCAGUCCAAGGCUGAUGUGGACACAGGGUGGUCCAAGGAUGAUGGAAGGCAGUGCUCACUGUGCCAAAAGUAUGGUGACGCAAAGUCCAAUGAGGCGGGCAGGCUUCUGUACCUCGGCCAAAAUGAGUGGGCUCACGUCAACUGCUCCAUGUGGUCUGCGGAGGUGUUCGAGGAGGAAAAUGGCUCUCUAAUGCAUGUACAUAGUGCUGUCGCUAGGGGGCGCUUCAUGCGCUGUGAGCGAUGUAACCAUACAGGUGCCACAGUGGGCUGCUGUCUGACGUCCUGUCAGAGCAACUAUCAUUUCAUGUGUGCACGCUCCCGCAAUUGUGUGUUCCAGGAUGACAAGAAGGUCUACUGCUACAAACACAGAGAUCUCAUUAGUGGCAAGAUAAUCACUGGCCAAGGGUUUGAGGUGAAUCGGAGGGUGUAUGUGGACUUUGAAGGGAUCAGUCUUCGCAGGAAAUUCUUGACUGGACUUGAGCCGGAAAACAUAAAUUUGAUGAUUGGUUCUUUGCUGAUUGAAAAGCUAGGUAUCCUGACUGAAUUGUCUGCUAAGAGAGGAAAACUCUUCCCUGUGGGUUACCAGUGUUCUCGCUGGUACUGGAGUACGGUGAACCCACUACGGCGAUGCAAAUACACAUGUACAAUCCGAGAAGUACGGCCACCAGUCCCAGAGAAACCUGUUGAAGAGAUGCCUGACCAGGGACAGAAUAGCACAAUAGCUCACAGCCCCUGUCCCCAGUCAGAAUCUGAAGCCCAAGAGGUUGAUAUUGCCCAAUCUCGACCCACCACACCCAGCUUCCUUGCUCCACUCCCUAAACUAGAGCAAGGUGCAAGGCCCAAGAUCAGAAGACCAGCUGGAGGAAUGUUUCGGCCUCUGCCUUCCCCAGGAACUGCCAAGUCUAAACCCCACCACAUCCUGACUAUUAGUGACCUGGAGGAGACUCGCCGGCCCCGUCGCCACAGCCCCCACUCUCAAACCCGCAGGGACAUGUCCUCUUCACCCCUGGGAACGCCCACUGGAAUUGGACCAAUCACACUUCGUGCUGGGUGCUCCAUGCAUCCCAAGGCCUCAGUGCCCACCUCAUCGUUGUUCCCCCUUGGUGCUACUGACAACCUGCUGAACUCACCCUCUGUCCGCUCUGUCGGAGGUCGUAGUGCUUCCUCUGCCCGAUGUCCCGGGAACAUAAUGACCCACACUACCUCAGGACUCUUUCCUCAUGCCCCGUGGGAAGACAGUGUGGGCAGCUUUCCUUCUUCCGGUCUGUCCCUAUCACCUACCAUUCAGCACUCUCCUAGACCCCGGCUAUCUUUUGACCUCAACCAGUCUGACUCUGUUGAGGUACCCCACAAUUUCCUGGCAUCACCUGAGCCAGAGGAUAAUGCUGCGGCGAACGGCAACUCACCCCUUAGGGAUGCUGUGGGGCCACAGAAGAGUGAGUUUCCUUUUCCCCCAAUUCACGAGGACUCUGACAUGGCCAUGGGCUCAGACUUAAAGACAGAGCUUGAGAUUGAGGAGACCUUAGUAAAUGAGGGAGUGGCCAUGAACUGUGGCGCUCAGAUAGAUGUAGAGGGUGAAGAGAACCAAGAGGAGUUUUGGGGCAGGGAGUCGGAGGUUCGCAAAAGGAGGACGCGUUCAGCCAUGACCCGCUCUGCUGCAUCCGCCAGGCAAGACUGGGGGAACACUUCCUCAGAUGAGGACAUGGAGCACUAUUUUGACUUCUCACGUACUGUGGUCAGCCGCACAGUUGCACAGGCUCCUUCCUCUCCCUCCUCAAGGCCUAUUCCUCAGCUGGACGGUGUGGACGACGGGACAGAGAGCGAUGCCAGUGUGACUACCACAGAUGGUGCUCCGAAGCGGAAGAAUGCCAGACAGACACCGAACCCAGUACAAAUGCUUGAUAUUUUGCCUGAGAUUGAAAUGACUUCAAAUGGGCUGAGUGCAGUCUCCGAAAGCCUGGUCCCAGAAGCUUCACCCCUUAGCCACUCAUCAAAUUAUUCAGCUAGGGAUGUCUUCUCUAUUACCAAACCUCCCCCAAGCUACGUAUGCCAGAAUCCAACUGAGAUCUCACCAGAAGCUCAGAGACCAGCUCUAGUGGGCCCAUCCCCAACAUACAACCCUAUGGAUGGGAAUUCUGUUCCCCUGCAAUUAUACAACUUCCCGACUUCUUGCCUACAACAACAGAACUCAACACCCCAGUUUGAGACCCAGGAACCAAUACUUACUGCACCACUUCAAGGAACACUGCCCGACAUUACUGAUACUAAGGCGCCUGUUCCUGUCUACCCAGAGGAUUUAUUCCAAGGUUCUGGUUUAGACUUUCCCUCUGGGGCUCCACUUGUUCUUGAAAGAUGUGAUCCUCCCUCCCCGAGUGCCUGUUUCACUGAGCUGGUCCCUGUCCAGGAGGACACUCCCAUUGAGACCCAUCGGCGUCAAGCCCCAAAAGACCUUUUCUUGGAUUCUAAUAGUGGGCACUUUGUAUCACCCACUGACGGACCUGCCAUUUACAUGAACCACUUGACAGAAAGUUCUGGAGAUCCCUCACUGACAGACUCUGUGAGCAGUAAUCAGGACACUCUUUUAGAGCUUUUGCAACCAUCUUCGCUUAUCUCCUCUGACUUCCCUAACCCCUGUGUAGCUCCUACUGACCCUUUGCGCAUUAGUCACUCUGUCCAGUCUUCUUUGCCUGGCUUCAACCCUUCAGUGCCACCUCUCACUACCAUCUCCUUGCAGCCCCUGACAUCCCAAGGGUCAACAGUUUUGCCGCCAAUGGAGACCUUUUGUAGCAAACUAUCAGCUCCUAUUCCAGGCAGUGCCAUUCCCCCUUUGUCUUCAAAUUUAGCCUCUCAAAUUGACCCAAUUUUGUCUGCAACAUCAAGUGUUAGUCUCCCAUCUUAUGGAUCUGUCUCUCUGCCUAUUUUCUCCACACAAUCCCAGGCCAUGGUCUCAACAGCAAUUACCAUUGUAUCAUCCUGUCCCUCCAUAUCUUCUCUCUCUGAUGCUCUGUCCACCCAGUGUCAGCCCAUGCUGUCUUCGCUUCAGCCAUCCUCAACCCCUGUUAUGGUUAACGGUUACAGCUCCUCUGUGCAGAAGGAGGCUACCACAGGACACACCAUCUCCAUCAACUUCUCCACGCCAAGGCCACCACUUGAGCCUCAACAUCCACUGUUGCCUCAGGCUUUACCCGGCCAUGCCAUCCUUACUGUAAAGGAAGUAGGGGGUCCCAAUGUGGACCCUACACCUCACGUUCUGCUGGUCAACCGCCUGGGACAGAUCUUUGUGAAGAACCCAGAGAGCAACACUUUCCAGCUACCCAGUCAGAGCUGUCCCUCUUAUAACUGUGUCACACAGAUAGCCAGCCUCCUUCAGAGCAAUGCCUUGUCGGCCACCUUGGCAGCAGCUGGUACGAUGUCCACCACAGCUCCGGGGUCUGCCAUGCCAACUCAUGUCCCGAGGCUAAUCACACCUGUGGUUCAGAACCCAGCUACCAUCACUCAACUGCUCACUCACAACAACAAUGGUACAGUGGCACUAACUGCAGUCAAAAAACCAAGGAAAAACACAAGAGGAUCUGCCGAUGGAGCUAUACCAGAAAUGAAGAAAUCCAGAAAAAAGAAAGAACCCUCUACCACUCCUAGAAAAAAGAAAUCUAACAAGGCUACAGACAUGUUUGAGUUUGCUGGGCAGGAUGGGAAUUCUAACAUGACCAAGGCUGAGAGCGCCCAAGCCAUCAUCAACCAAGCCAUGGCCAGCAACUACACCCCAAACCGGACUGGUCCACGCAUUCUGAGCCCAUCCACAUUCCGGAACAACCCUUCACUGAAAUCUGUGGUCCUGCCCCCAGGAUUACUUUUUGAACCUGAGCCUGCAGCUGCUGUACUGCCUGGUUCAACACCUCGCCCUCCUCGUACCCAUGUCCGUAUGAAGAGGGUGUCAUCUUUCUCAGAUCGUGUUGGUGCAACAAAGAAGGCCAAGACAGACUUCCUAGAACCAGAGCUCCCUAGUGCUAUGGAGGACCUGCCAGUACCCAAAGCUAGCAGUGUGCCGGUCUCCAGCAGGGCUGGUGGUGUUCGCAUUAAAACCCCAACAGUCAAAGGUGUUCUAGACCUGGACAAGCUGAAGGAUGAGCAUUUAAGUGACUCUGAAAGCACCAGGCCAGGACCUUGGGACCGCCUCUCAAUACCUCGUGGGGGGGUGGACAUGGGGAAACAACAGAACUGGGACACUGUGGGCCGAAGUGCCCUGACUGACUGGAACAAAUACUCAGGUGCUGUUUCAUGCUCAGAUGAUGAGCUGCCCCCCUCAGAGGAUGAUGAGGAUGAGUGCCCUCCCCACCAAGACCAGCCCCACCUCCGCUUUGAGAUUAAAAGUGAUGAUGGCUUCAGUGUGGAGGCAGACAGCAUUGAGGUUGCAUGGAGGGUGGUGAUGGAUGGUGUCCAGGAAGCACGAGCAGGGGCAAGGCUGAAGCAGCUGGCCUUCUCUGGGAUGACCGGUGCCCGUAUGCUCGGUCUGCUCCACGAUGCAGUUGUUUUCCUUGUCGAGCAGCUCCAGGGGGCCCGACGCUGUAAUGGCCAUGCCUUCCGUUUCUUCAAACAGGUCAGCCAUGAGGACGACCUGCCGGUCAAUCCCUCUGGCUGUGCCCGCUCUGAGGUGUACCUCAGGAAGUCUACCUUUGAUAUGUUCAAUUUCCUGGCAUCCCAGCACCGGCAGCUCCCUGACAUCAACCCCUAUGACGAGGAGGAGGAUGAAGUCCCACUUAAAUCCACCAGGCGUGCCACCAGCUUGGAGCUCCCCAUGGCCAUGCGUUUCAGACAUCUGGAGAGGACAUCAAAAGAGGCUGUAGGCGUGUACAGGUCUGCUAUCCAUGGACGAGGACUAUUCUGCAAGAGGAACAUUGAUGCACAAGAGAUGGUCAUAGAGUAUGCUGGCAUCGUAAUUCGCUCAGUGCUAACUGACAAGCGGGAGAAGUACUAUGAUGGAAAGGGUAUCGGCUGCUACAUGUUCCGCAUCGAUGACUUUGACGUUGUGGAUGCCACCAUGCAUGGCAAUGCAGCGCGCUUCAUCAAUCACUCGUGUGAACCCAACUGCUACUCACGUGUCAUCAAUGUGGAGGGGCAGAAGCAUAUUGUCAUCUUCGCUCUGCGCAAAAUCUACCGGGGAGAGGAGCUCACCUAUGACUACAAGUUUCCGAUUGAAGACCCCGCGAGCAAACUGAACUGCAAUUGUGGGGCACGGAAAUGUAGACGCUUCCUCAACUAGGGUUCAGAACAAGGCUAAAUUGGGAGCCUCGGAAAUCCCCGGUCCCUCCAAUAAGAAAAGGCAUUAGGGAAGGGGAGGCGAGCAGAGGCAGGAAGUUUAAAGCCUUACAUUAAGGUUUACUGGGUUGAGUGGUGGUGUGCGGCUGGAGAUUAGGAAGUUGGGGAAUGGAUGAGUCACCAUGAAGAGCCUGGGAGAGGAACCAGGGCCAGGAGAGAGGGUAGCAAAGUUGUGGCUGAACUGUGCAAAACAGUUGAUCACUUCUGGAUGUAGACCAACAUGUCCUAAAGCCUGCUCUGUAAUAACCUUUAUUUGUACUUGUGCCAGAGAUGGGGUAAGCUCACCACCAGAGAUAGGAAGGAAGUAGCUACCGUUAUAGAGUGGUUUACCUUGAAGUUGUGAUACUGACUGCUACAGACAUCCUUUGUGGUUAUGGUAGUUCUAUGUUGCUCCAAGUUUUUACCUUUGCAUUUUGUAAAUCCUUUCAGUUAAAAAGGGCAGAAAAGUUAGCCUUGAGAGAUUCCUUAUCUUUUUUUUGGGAUAAUUAAAAAAAAAAUCACCCAUAAUCAUGUUGGCUCCAUCCUCAAGUAAAUUUCUUAGCCAUAUCGCCACCUUUAUUUGGUCCUUUAAUCAUAGUUUCAUUUAUUUUGCAGUACUCAUCAUGCGUCAUGUUGUACAUAUUUGCUUUUAGUUGGAAUAUUCUGAGAACCAUGGUGCUGUUAAGAUAUGUGUCACAGGCUCCCAGACCCUGCAAAUAAUCAAGUCAUUUUCAUCCGUCCCCUCUCACAGAUGAGGGGAAGGGGCCUCCAUUAUGUUUAAUUAAACGGUUAGUCUUUGCUGCAGCAAAAUCAUGUAUUUAUCUCUUACACCAAAUAAUUCAGUUUUUAUGUAGCAAGCACUACCCACGCCAAGAGUGAAAAGUUCAGCUGGAAACCUCAGUGCGUCUCAUGGCCAACACUGAUUAACCUAACUUUUGCAAUAAUGUUACAUCUUUGAUGUGCUACAGUUGUACAUUUUUAGUGAACUAAGUCCAGACUCUGCAUAUUUCUCUGCAUUUCAGUGGUGUUAACAAAGUACUGACGUUCUUCAGACAUUUUGGGCAAUGCACAAAGGAUGUAACACUAUCUGAGAUGCAUUGUAAACUACACCCGACCAGGCUAACAGUGCCCCUUGUACACUGGAGAUCUCAAGCAUAGCGUUAGGCCAGUACUGUACUGUAUGUUGCUCAGUAGGAUGGCUGAAAGAGUGAUUCCUGUCUUAGUGUAAAAAACGCGUAUGGAAAGAAUGCACUCAGCACCUUGGCGUUUGCUGUUGUACAAUUUUAGACAAUGCUGUCAGCUCAGUCAGACAUAUAGUAAAGCUACACACUGUUGUUCACCUAUUUACAAUAAGAGAUUGCUUGAGCUCUAGAGUAGUUGUAUUUAUUCAUGUUUCUGUUCAGAUUUUGGACUAGACUUUGUAUUAUUGGUGGUGGUCUUGUGGGAAUUCUUCCUCCCAUUGUUUCUCUUUUUUGUUUACACUCGGUUUCCUCCUUCGCUCUUUUACUUGAACCUUGAUUUUUGAGGACAGUUGUGUGUUACAUUUCAGCCUUUAAAAAGGACAUUGUUCUGAAACAGGUCUUUUAAAAAUUGUUUUUGAUUGGGUUUUCUAUGUUUUGGUAAAAUGUUCAUUCAGUAUGGCUGGCCUUAGUUUCACCCACAGGAGAAUAGCAAGUCCACGUUGUUCUGUCCAUAUGCGUGCUGCAUAGACCCAUUCAAGCUAGAGUGUGGGAAGUAAAUGAACCCUUGCCUUUGGAAUGGAAUGCCUGGUCAGGAAGUGCUUAAACCCUGCCUCCUUGCUUGCACGAUCAGUCAGUGAGAAGGAGCCUGUAUUCCCAUUUAUUCAUCUAACUGAAAGGGGGAAGCAGAACGUUUCUCAAUGUCCUCUCAACUCCCCAACCUCUUGCAAGGAUUCUACCUCAGUUGUUCUGACAGACGUUAAGGAAUACUAAUGCAAAAAGAGGAUGAUAAUAUAAUAAGAGUAACUUGGUUUUAAGGUCCUGCAGAGCUGGCCUGUGUGUGUGAUGAAGGAUGCAAAGCACUAUUUGGAAACCUGAAGUUACCACAACGAUCUCUCCCAGAACUUGUUCAGAAAGCUGUAUGUUCUAUAUGGUGGGGUUAUUUUAAUGUAUAAAAAAGUGUAAUAGACAAGAAAAUGUGUGAAUUUGUCUUUGUUACCAUGUACAAAUAAACCCUGAGUUUGUAAAUAAUUGUAUACAUAUUUCUAAACCUGUUUAAUUUUUCUAUGCACUUUUUUAUUUAUAAUGUUAUUUGCUUAAUAAAGAUGUUAAAAAGUUUGAACAAA